AUGGACCAAAUGUUGCAGCACUUCCCGCCAGGGAUUCUCACCUACCCAGACCCUUCCGAGUUUGACUAUUCGACCUUUCUGCAGCCAACGGAGGAUAUCCCUUUCCCAGAUCCAUCGCACAGCACGUCAGCAGGAACCAUCUCGGAGUCAUCUCCGGGCCAAGCAACACCCCCGAGCUCGGAUGGACGGAGUACGUCUGCUGUUGUCGACAUGUCAGUCACGCGCCGCCAAUCCGCUCAGAAGCAGAGGUUAGAGCGCAGGGGUCAUACCAAGAGCAGACGCGGAUGUUAUAACUGCAAGAGGAGGCGCAUCAAGUGCCAGGAGACUCGCCCUGCGUGCGGCCAUUGCGUAAAGACGGGGUUGAAGUGUGAAUACCCGUCCAUGCCUCAAAUCACCCACCAGGUUCCUCUUUUCAGCCUGCAAGACAUGCGAUUCUUCCAGCACUUCCUCACCCAGUGCUACCCCCACCAUCCGUUGAAGCAAGAGGAGAUUUGGACCCACGAGAUCCCAUGCAUUGCCCACAAUCAUGAAUUCUUGAUGCACGCCAUAUUGGGCUUUGCCGCAUCAGAGCUUGUCCCCACCGACAGCUCCUUCGUCCAAGCCGCCAUGAACCACCGCAUCAAAGCUAUCAAAGCCAUCAAGAAGCGGCUUUCCGAAUCUGCGCGCGCCCAGACAAGCUACGAAGAAGCUAACGCCCUCGUCGCCACUUGUUUUGCAUUGACCUUCCAGUCUGUUUGUCUAGAAGACGGUCUGGCAGAGUAUAUGACGUUUAUUCGAGGCAUUCUCAUUGUCGGGAUGCAAAUGAUGUUCAAGGGCAUCAAACCCAUUUUCGAGCAGCUAUUCGAAGACCAACAGAACGAGAUGAUGGAGCCAUAUCUCAGAGAUUUACCGUUGAUCCAGCGAGGGUGGGCUGACGCCGCUGUCGAAGCCAUCUCCAACCUACGGCCACUAUGCGCCGAACCAGUAGAAGUUGAGUAUUGCGAACAGCUACUUGGCAUUGCAGAGAAGCUCAACGUAAAUUCCUUUGAUGCAUAUAAAUCCAACGGCAGACAAUAUGCAUGGUGGAUGAUGUUACCACAUAGCACCUUCCAGCAGCUUAUCAAUCUCGACAGACAGAGCAUGAUUCUGCUUCACGCACAUUGGAUCGCCUUGUCGCAGAUUAUGGCAUUCAUCACCGAGCGCGAAUACGACCUUCGUGAAAAGAGGCCAACGGCUUCGACCGACGCUGGACCUGCACCGGGAUUUGUGAAGUGGUUGAAGUUUCUCAAUGCCAGAGUGGACUACGAGCAUCAAAUGUACAACCAGUGGCCGUUGUGGGUAGAAGCACAACUGGACAAGGAUCUUACGUUUUUUGGACGACGACUAUGA